AUGUUUAUUUCACCAGCUACUGUUAAUCCAGUCGCAACAAUUAUGCAACGUCAAUUAAUUAUUAAGGGAAGGUUUUUUCAUAUUACACCAAAGGAUAAAAAUUUUUUUUUAAUAACUUACAAAAUUAUUCAAGAAAAUUCGAAUUUUUUUAAUGAAAAUGAUCCUGAUUAUAACCUUAAUUACGAUUAUGAAUUUUUAUAUUCAUAUUAUACAACGAAUUAUUAUGUCAGGUGUAAAUUAUUACCUGAUUCAAUAAUUGAAGAUUUAUUGAAUAAUGAGAAGUUUGAUAUGAAUACGCAAAAUAACGAGAUACCAUUAUCUCCACAACAAAAAUUAUGCCUUGAAGAAAGCUUGUAUAUUAAACUUUAUUUACGUAUUUCACAAGGAACGGAUGAAAUUAUACUUAUAACUUCGUAA